AAUGCAAUCAACAAUCUUCUUUCAAGAUUUUCUAAUAAGCUGAAAAGCUCUCCCCCACAACCAAACACUCCCCACAAAUGGAGCAGAACUUGCCAGUAAUAGCCAAGAAGUUCUGGCACAUAGUCAAGGUAGUGUAUUUCAUGUUGAGGAAAGGUAUAUCAAAGGCCAAGCUCUUAGCCGAUCUCAACAUAGCCAUGAAGCGCGGCAAGAUCGCCGGAAAAUCAGCCAUGCACAACCUCAUGUUCCACCACGACACAGCCGCCGCCUCCUCCAGCAACCAGUAUUCCACCCACGUCGACGUCGACCCACAACUUGCCUACCCCGUCCCAGUCAAUGAAUACGAGUUCAGCUGCAGCAACAGCCCUGCUUUCCACCUCCCCUUCCACCUCAACAAGCGCAAACGCUCCCACAAGCCCGUGGACGGUGACUUGUUGGCGGCGGCAUUGGAGGUGGUGAACAGCGCGGCGGCUUCGCCUGCGCUUCCGGGGUUCGGGCGGACGCCGAUGGUGAGACAGCUGAGGAUAACGGACUCGCCUUUCCCGUUGAGGGAUGUUGAAGAAGACAGCCAUGUGGAUGAAGCUGCUGAGAAGUUCAUCAAGAAGUUCUACAGGGAUUUGAGGCAGCAAAAUGCUGUGGCUUCUUGAAUUUUCUUUUCAUUUCUUUUCUUUUUUUAUUUAGAAAAAAAAAGGAAAUUGUGGAAGUAUAUUUUGUGUUUUGUGAUUAUAAUUUUGUAUUUUACUAUAUAUGAAAAAAAAUAAAUUUAAAGGAUAAACAAUGAUACAAAAUCAAAGUUGUACUGUGCAUUCCGCACACGUAUGGAUAUAUAUAUAUAUAUAUGUAUAUAUAUUCCAUAUAAAUAGGAGUGUAGAAGUUUUUUAGAAGGAUUUUUCCCUGGCAUAAUUAAGAUACG